CUUCUUCAGUAAUGCGUUCCGAAACAACACAAAAUCCAAAAUCACGUACAAAUUCCUUGAGCAUAUCGUACGUUUAACUCAAGUAUAUGAUAACAACCUGUUUGCAGUAAUAAGAGAUGAACAUGCUUGAAAGUCAGGGAAAAAAGAACAUAUUUGUUACCGUCGGAACCACCCAAUUUGAUGAAUUGGUGACCGAGGUUUUGCAUCCUGACAUGUUAGAGGUUAUGGAGUCCAAAGGCUACACACAUCUCAUCAUUCAAAUAGGACGAGGUCUUGAACCUCAAAUUCCAACUUCACGAAGAAUCCAAAUAACUUUGUACCAUUUGAAAGAAAAUAUUUCUUCUGAUAUAGAAGAUUCCUCUCUAGUAAUCUCACAUGCUGGUGCUGGUAGUUGCCUUGAAGUACUUAAUGCACACAAGCCAUUAAUUGUUGUGGUCAAUCAAAAGCUUAUGGGUAACCAUCAGCUCGAACUAGCUGAAAAACUGCAAUCUGAAAGACAUGUUGUUAUGUGUUACCCAGAAACCUUGAAAACUACUCUUUCUGAUUUUGAUACCUCAUGCCUUAAAAUCCUACACAUUAACAACCAAAUGGCAUUAUCCAAUUACAUUGAAAAACUGAUGGGAUUUUGAAAAUAAAGUCCAAUUUAGUGUA